GAACCGGGACUUGGAGGAAAGGAAGGGAGCGGCGGCCCCAGAUGCCUGAGCCUGGAAGCAGCUGUUGACAGGAUGUUUGCUAUGCACCCUCCCAAUGCUUCUCAAGCACCUGCCAUUCACCCAGUGAACAAUUCCUCCUUAGCUCAUACAGAGCUGGUGAAGGCUUCGAGUGCUUCUUCUCCUGCUGCCCCCAUCUUCUCCAUGACCUUGGGGGCAAUCUCUAAUAUCGUAGCCUUGGUAAUCCUAGUGCAGUCCUAUGCCCGCUUCCGUCGUCGUUCCAAGGCCACAUUCCUGCUUUUUGCCAGCAGCUUGGUUAUCACAGACCUAGCAGGCCAUGUCAUCCCAGGGUCCUUUGUGUUGCAACUGUAUGCCACACGGCGAAAUUGGACAUCAAUGGAUCCCUCUGAAGCUCUCUGCAAGUUCUUUGGUGCUUCCAUGGUAUUCUUUGGACUAUGCCCUCUCUUUCUGGGCUUCAUCAUGGCCGUGGAGCGCUGCAUUGGCAUCACUCGUCCUCUGCUUCAUGCUGCAGUGGUCACGCCAGGCCGAACGAAGCUCUCCUUGGUAGGACUGUGGACCAUUGCUCUUGCCAUUGCCCUGUUGCCUCUCUGCAGUUUUGGGAAAUACGCUGUGCAGGCCCAAAGCACUUGGUGUUUUAUCAAGGUGCAAAAGACAGAAGAAUGGACCGAGGUAGCUUUUGCCCUGCUCUUCUCCCUUUUGGGAUUGGCCUCUCUGGUGGCCUCUCUCAUCUGCAACACAUUCAGUGGACUCAUUCUGGUGCGAGCUCGUCUCCGUAGUCAGCGCAAAUGUGGUCGGCGGAGAGCCAAAGCUCAUGACAUUGAAAUGGUUGUACAGCUUGUGGGCAUCAUGGUGGUCUCCUGUAUUUGUUGGAGUCCAUUAUUGGUCAUAGUCAUCUUAUCAGCAAGCAACUCUCAUAAAGCUUUGAAUUAUGAUCGGCUGCUGUUCCUUGGUGUGCGCAUGGCUGCCUGGAACCAGAUCCUGGACCCAUGGGUAUAUAUAUUGCUGCGACGCGCAGUGCUGCGUAAGCUCCUGGCUCUAUUUCUAAGGCGCCCCGACCUCAAAACAAUACAUUUUGACCGCUGGGAGGCCAGCUCCUUCCAGAGCUCCGAGCGCAGUGUUGCUGCUGGUCGCAUCUAGCAUUGGGUGCAGCAAACAAGAAUUGAUCGACUUGAAAGCACUUUGAACCUUCCUGGAAUUCAGAAUCUAGCAAUCUUGGUGGCGGCAGCUGGUAUAGGGAAUGCCACAGAUAAAUUGGUUUCGAAUCAUGGCAGCAAAUAAGAAGCUCAGUAUUUUGAAACAGCCUCUUGCCCGUUUCUGACUUUCAUAUGAGAGGGAGAGCAAGAGAUGCAUGACCUUCUUGGAAGAUAUAAUGAUGACAGUUUUUGGGGGUUAGUCAAGGGCAUCCACAGAAAGGGUGAGGGAGAAUAAAUAUAUCACAAUGCAAAUGAAAAAUCACGAUGCUCGUGAAUUAAUUUUGAUAUCAUGGUGGUUUCUAUUGAACACCUAUGGAUGAGACCUUUGCUCAAUGGUAAAGAAUACACUAUACAUUCCUGAUACUUCCUGUAAAGCGGAAGUGAGAACUAUGUCUGCUCUCAGAUAGUCAUCCGUAUCAAAAGAAGA